AUGCUUCAGAUUUCGGGUUUCAUCAACAUUUUCAAGGAUGACCCGGCAACUGGCCUGUUUGUUGAGCUUCGUUUUGUUCUAGAGGCCACGGAGAAACUUCCGAAAAAUAGCAUCGACGACAACGGAACUGGGACAAGUUGUGGGCCGGCUUCCCUGAGGCUAGGUGACGAUGUCUACACAGUCGAGCCGGGCGCUGGAGCGAACGAUCCUGAGGGCCUAGGAGUUGGCAAUUCGCCUGGUUCUUUCGAAUGGACAAUCGGUGAUAUUUCGCGGUCUUUGGAGGCAGCUCGGGGGAAAGUGUAUACAGGCUUUCUCUACGAUGGUGAUCCCAUGUCCUGCAAUGUAACCUCGGCAUCGUUCAGUUAUGAACUUCAAGAUACUAAUUACAAGUAUAGCCUCUGCGGACUUUGCUUAAUCCCAACCUACGGAUUUCGCGUCAAAUUGUGCACAACAUUUGACCUUUCAACUACCAAUUUGCCUAACUUUGCUAAGGACCUACAACAACCGUUACAAAAUCGCUUGGGUGAUAUAGACUCCGCGUACCGAAACUUGUCAUUUGAACCCCACACGCUACCGCUGUCCGCAUACCCACCUUACUACAGCUCAGACCAGACAGAUUUGUACGGAAAUAAGAAGUUCACCAGCGCCGACUUUACUCAAAUUUCUAUAUGGAUUGGCGAUAUCAACUUUGUCUCUCAUCUCAAUGGCAAAACCCUUCAGGACAAAAAUCAUUUCGAGGGGACGCCUCAAGGAAACAUCUUCGUCCAUAGCGCUGACAAGCCAUCGGAUUUUUUUAGUGCUUUCAAGAGCACUGGUGAUACUGGCGCUUCCGGGUUUCAGUUUUCAGUGUUGGGCGUCGGCGGUGUUCGUCCUCUUGGAGACCAAUACAACAUACCAACUCCCCUUGGGGACCUUUUUCAAGAAUCGCUUUCGACGCUCGGUUGGAUGAUAAAUGCAGCGUCAGUUGACCUCAAUGGACGCUCUAUCGGUGCUACGUAUCUAUGUACCAAAACAAGAAAGAAGUGGAAACCUUUCAUCACACUUGUUUCUGUGGCUGUCGGGAGCUCGUCAGGAGUGUUUGGGGCGUUCCUCGCGUUCAUGAUAUUUCUGGCGCGUAAGUACGACGAGCGAAGUUUGGUAAACUUGGAAGCUGGAGAUGACACUGAAGAAUUAGAAGGAGGCGGCAAGGACUCCCAGAUGAAGAAAGAAUGCUUGAGUAUAUCCUAA